GAAAUGUUCAAACAAAUUAAAAUGUAAAAUAAAUUAAGAUAUAUUAAAGUUGUUGUAUUGUUUAUAGUAUUUUAAGCAAUACUUUGUUUAAUCUUAGUCCAAGUAAAAUAAAAUUUUUUCAUUCUAAUUGCAAACUUGAAUAUUAUCAGUUGAUCUAGUGCGAUUGACGAUCUCAGACGAGUGAAUCUAAAAAUUAAAAAUGGCCAGUGAAGUGGAAGAAACUCUUAAACGUAUACAAUCUCAUCGUGGUGUCAUUGGUACUAUAGUGGUUAAUAAUGAAGGUACACCAAUAAAAUCAACGUUAGAUAAUGCUACUACUAUUCAAUACGCUGGGCUAAUUCAGCAAUUGAUUGAUAAAUCUAAAAGUGUUGUUAGAGAUUUGGACCCAUCAAAUGAUUUAAUGUUUUUACGAAUGCGUACCAAGAAGCACGAAAUUAUGGUAUCACCUGAUAAAGAUUUCAUCAUGAUUGUUAUUCAAAACCCAACUGAAACACAACCUUAAAGAUUGUUUAAAUUAUAAUUUGACACACUGCAUUUAAUAUGCUAUAAAAACUAAUAACAUUUCUCUGUAAAUAUGUAUUGAAUAUAAUAUAACUUAUUUUGUACAUAAUAAUACUUUUAUUAAAAAAAUACUCUUUAAUAUAAAAAAUCAUAUUAAUUUGA